AUGCCGGAGGAGGGCACGGAUGCAGCAUCGGAGGCAUCGGUGUAUGUCUGCCUGGUCGAGUCCUCCAGCAAGAAGUUGAGCUUCCCCAAGGGUGGCAAGAAGUUCUCAGACAGAACUGUGUUGGACUGUGCUUACAGGGAGCUUCUGGAAGAAACGGGCAUUCGGCAGGAUCGCUUGAACCUGUACACAGGUCUCCACUUAGAUGAGGAAAGGUUCGGGUGUCGCUACAUCCUGGCCGAGGUGAGCUGCCAGCGGGCAGACCUCGAUUUCGAGAUCACGGAUUCGGGCUGGGCUCCUCCGCACGAAGAUCCAACCGACAAG